AGGAGUGACUACUGAUGCUCCAGUAAUCUGUGCUGUGUGAGUCAGUGCUGUGGUGAGCAAACCAGCAGCAGCAGCAGCGGCGGCGGUGGUGUGAGACGCUCUCCUCUCAUGGCUGUUUUUGAGUCAACAAUGUAGAAGAGCAGGAUGGGAAAGCUGAGCUCGAGGAGGAAGUGAGUAGACUGCCGAGAAAACAACCAGAGGAGGCCAUAAAACUGACAAAUCCCCGGUGACGAUAGAGAAAUAGCUCGCUGCCGUUGAGCGAGAGAGAGACACGAAGACUGAUAUCGACUCCGACUGACAGCAUCUGAGGUUGACGUGGGAUUGCUGAAGAUCAAAACGGAUGUCCCGCUGACAGAGCUGACAGUUUAGACUGAACCACCACCCCGAGGAGAGGAAGUUAACCCACGCAGGGUGCACAAGCACUUCUACAGCCCAGAGAAUAGACGUGGAAUCUGUGUGGGAGGCUUUGUAGGGAUGUCUUGGUUGUCUCCGGUCCAGUGGGCCAAAUGGACCUGGUCAGCAGUGACUGGCGGGGCAGGCGAAGGACAGCUGGGGCAACUUGGGACCAAGGAUGACGAAGAGGAUAAAUCUGACUCAGAGGGAAACUUUGAGACUCCAGAAGCAGAGUCUCCAGGAGUCCUGAAGAAGCUUAAACAAAUGGACAACUCCAAUCGAACAGUUAUUCCUGCUGAUGAGGGACAGCGGAUGUCCAGCUCAUCUCUGGACAAGAACUUCAAUCAGGAAAUCCCUCCCGUCUCAUUCCAGGAUGCUGAUACCCUGAACAACCAGGCAAACUCCUUUCCCACCACCAACAACAACAACAGCAGCAGCAGCUUAGGUUUGAUCCAGAACCUCAACAUAACCCUGUGCACCAAACCUGGUCCUGGAGAGGGACUACUCCCAGACACUCCCCUACCCCAGACUCUUGCCCCUCGGCCCCCAUCGCUGUCUGUUCUCUCCCCGCUAAGCAGACCCGACCCCACGGAAGUGGACGACGUGGCUCCACUGACCCCUGACUCAAGCCCUGACUCAAACCUGGACUGUGACAAUGACCUUUGUGUAGACCCAGAUUUACUCAAUGGCAACAUGAUCUCUGACAUCCCUCUGUCAGAGAAACAGCCGAUCUGUAUCCUGGAGGGAAGUGAAGACACCGUAAGGCAGCCACCCAGGAAGGACAGCAGCACAAUGAUCACGAACUCCUGCAAAGUAAAACAGAAUCUGUCACUGCAAAAGGGCACUGGUGGGCAGGAUGACCAUCAGGGAGGCCACGCCACAGAUGAGGAGAAGUUGGCAAACACUGUCGGUACCAAACAAGACAAAGAACAGUACAACACAGAGUUUAGUGUCCCAUGCAGACCUGAGGAGCCAGACUGCUGCUCUAUGUAUGAGGAUCCCUGCAUGCUGCCGAAGAAGAAGCUGGAAGGAUGUGAGAUGCAGAAAGCAGGAAGUCAGAUGUUGGACUCGAUAUCCAUCAGUGAGGGAGAUAAACAAGCAGUCCUAACCCUCAUCAGGGAGGAGAUCGUCACCAAGGAGGUGGAAGCCAGUGACUGGAAGAAGAAGUACAAUGAAAGCAGACAAGAAGUCACUGAGAUGAGGAAGAUUGUUGCAGAAUAUGAGAAGACAAUCACCCAGAUGAUUGAGGACGAGCAGCGCAACAACAUGAGCUUCCAGAAGUCCUUGCAGGCAGUGACGAUGGAGAAGAACACCGCCCUGACAGACCUGAACUCAGUUGAACGCUCUCUCUCAGAUUUGUUCCGUCGCUACGAAAACAUGAAGAGCACCCUGGAAGACUUUAAGAAGAAUGAAGAGGUGCUGAAGAAGUGUGCUCAGGAGUACCUGACCAGAGUUAAACAGGAGGAGCAGAGAUACCAGACACUCAAACUCCACGCUGAGGAGAAACUUGACAAGGCCAAUGAAGAGAUAGCCCAGGUGCGUACAAACUCAGAGAACAUAGCGCUGAUGGCCAGCCUGAGGAAGGAGCAAAUGAGGGUGGAUUCGCUGGAAAUAGCUUUAGAGCAGAAGAACCAGGAAAUUGAGGAACUCACCAAGAUCUGUGACGAGCUCAUCGCCAAGAUGGGAAAAACAGACUGAGAGAGGCUCUUGUUAGUCAGUUAACGCAGCCUUUCCACCGCUGCCUGUCUCCAGCCUAUAUAAAGUACCCUGUGCAUGUCCCCGGCCAGGAUGCAUUUCUCAUAUCCUGUACCAGCCCCGCAUCCUGAGGAUUGUUUAUGUAAAGGCCCCCUAUGUACAGUUGUCCAAAAUGACCUCCCACAUACCUCUAUUGAAUGCACUACUUGCGAACAGAGCAGCUUACUAUACACACUAAAUAUUGUUUGAGCUGGGAUUCUAUGUGUGGUCAUUUGGUAUUGGUUGUAUUUUUUUACUCAUUUAGAAAGCCAGCUGCUCCCUUUAUAUUUUAGCCUGCCAUGCCAGUGAACGUUGACCUGCUAAGAUUCCCAGUAGCCUAAUAGUUGGAUUUUGACAGUUCCUCCUACGGGUUGACAUCAGGCUUUAUGCAAGCAGUUGUUGUAGAGCUGGAUUAAUGCUUAUCCUCCUUCCUAAAACGAUUGACUGAUAUCUCUGCGACAGUCCAUGCUCUGCCACAAAAGCACAGAUUUUGCUCUCCAGUGUAAAUAAGGCAUUUAUUCUGAAUUAGAGAGGCUCAGGGGUCCUAAUCGGGCAGUGCAAGUCCAGGGUUAAGGUCAAGCGGCACUAGAGCUUGUUUUGAAGAAAGGUUUAGGGGUGUUAAAGUUAAAACAAAGCUUUCAUUCACCACUGAGGCCUUGAGUGGUUAGCUAUGUAUUCUCUGGGAAGAUUUGGGUAGGGGUAGGGUUAGGACUAGAUGGAGUCCGUGUUUCUUGGCAUUUGUUUCAGGUGACUUGCAGUGCACAGUGGUUUGGGGUUCACCACAUUAUGGCACUUUAAAUCAUUUCAAACAAUUUACUAAAUUGAGAAGACAAUGAUACGAAAGGUUAUACUAAAAGUCUCCUGUUAUUGUCAUUGCUUUGUCCCAUUUGCCAAGUCCCACUUAUCUGGCACCAUAGUUGUCUAAAAAAAAAAAACAUGAAAGAUUCCCAAAUGCUGUUUGAUCCAGGUGUGGUCUUGACAUGGAUCGAGCUGGACAAGAAGCAUCUCAGCGCUAUUCCACAGUCAGUUUUAUCAUUUAUUCACUAAAGAUUGCUGCUGAUCUCAUGUUAGCACUCAAAGGCCAACUUUAUCCCAAAGCGGUGAAAUGUGAGAGAAACCACUGCUGGUUAUUCCACCAAUGUAAAAUACUAGCCGUCCUGUGUUGCUGAAAACAGAACAAAAAAAAAUCUAAAAAAGAAAAAAAAAGGAAGUAGUUAAAUACAGUGAAUAUAUUUUGACUUUGUUCCACCUUCUAGUCAGAGCUGCAGCAGUGCAGCCAUUUUGGUUAUUUAUCAGUUUUCAUCCCUUCGUCACAUUUACAUCUUAGCACUGAUAACACGCAGGGAAACGCUUGAAGAGUUUGACAAAGUGUGAAUCGCGUGACCGUAAAAGGUGUGGUGAGCAUUUGGUGUGCAAGAGUAGAUGAAGAAAACUGAUCAGGGAUAGAUAGAGGUGUUGUGGUUGCAUUUACAGAUCUGCACUAUCGUUAUCGUAACCAAUCUGUUUUACUAGCAUGUUUAUUUCCAUAGCUUCACUGUUGUAAGAACGCAGCUUGACAUUAAUAAAUCGAGGCUGAGUUUUGUUUUGUUCUGCACAUCGCUUCAGUAAUGUAUACCUCCAUCUACAUCCAUUGUAUGGGCAGUAAAGGGUGUAGCUUAGCGAGCUACACAUCCAUUAGUAACACACACAGCCAAACACACGUCCUCAUGUUGCCAGAGUUUAUGUUUGUGCCAUUCUCAAGUUGGGUUACCUCCAGUAAAAACUCACGUUUGUUUUCUGUUUCAGGAUAUAUUGCUCUGGCAAAUUUGAUGUUUCAGUGUUUUGUUUACCUCGCACACCUUUGUUAACACAAUGUAGGCUAACAGUGUGAGUCUGUACAGUUCCCUGAAUAAAUAUAAUUUGUUCUACUCUUAA